AUGGAUGAAGGUUCGCUGACUGCCGCCAUCAAGGAGAAGCCUGACAAGUUUGGAUCGGCAUUCAUCCUGCCCGGGGGUUUGUCCUUCAGAUGUGGAAACAACUCGUCGGGGAUCCGUGCGACAUCCUGCGGCGGGGCGGCUGCGACCGGGGGAGUUCGAGUACGCGCCGUCUACGGUGCCCACACGGCGGUGAACGAGUUCGAGCUGGUAUGCGACCGGCGCUGGUUGGCCGCCUCGUGCCAGAGCCUGGCAAUGGUCGGACUAGCGCUGGGCGCGCUCGCCUUCGGCCGCAUCUCGGACCGCAGCGGCCGGCGCGUCGCACUGCUCUGCGGCGCCGGCGUGCACGCCGUCGGUAGCCUAGCCGCGGCGCUCGCUCCCAGCGCCGCGGUAUACUCUCUCUCGGCUGGUCACCUCGCUGGGUGCAGCGUCGGCGCCCUCCCUGGACGUGUUGCUGGUGGAGUCGCUGGUGCCGGCACUGCGGAGUGCGGACAGCGUGGCAGUCUCGCUCGGCUUCUCGCUGGCGCUAUCUGUGCCGCCUGGCUCACCCCGACGCUGUCCAGCGCUGGCGCGGCCUGCAUGCGCUCAUGCUGCUCUAUGCGGCCAUCGUGUUCGCGUGCUCGCGCCUGCUGCACGAGUCGCCCGCUGGCUGCUGGCCGCGGGCGCCUCGACGACGCCCGCGCCGCCGUUGCCCGCACGGCUCGCUUCAACGGUCUGCCCCGCGGAAAGGUGCAGAUGCUCGUGCAGGGUUUGGCCAGUGAGGAACGCAGUGCGCCAGCGACUCCACUUCACCACAUCGUCCGUUCUCGAAAUCUGCGUUCCUACACCGCCUUCAUGUGGUUUCAGACGUCCAGCCACUGGUUCCUCUACUUACUACUCGUCAUCCUCCCACGAGCCUCUUCCAUCUGA